CAAAAUAAAAAGGAACAAACAUAGAGAAAGAAAGGUUUUAGAAAUAAGGAUGGCUUCCAUUGCCAUUUCUGCUUCACUGCAAACACUAAGCACCUCAAAUAAUCUCGUUAUAAUAAGAAAACAUCCCCAAUCCAUUGUUGUUCGAUCUUUGGGGACAAAACAGGCAACCCAUGUUGUAAAUUUGGACGUUGAAAGCCAAACAAAUUUCAAAACAGCUGAGCAAGAUAAGUCUGCCAUAGAAAUUGAUAGACAUGAUGAAGCUGCAGAGAAUAGAUCUAAGCCGAAUUCAGAGAUAGAAUUGUCUGGUGCGAAAUUCACGGACGAGCGGUGGAAGAAGGGUACAUGGGAUCUAAAUAUGUUCGUUAAGAAUGGAAAGAUAGACUGGGAUAGUGUCAUUGUUGCAGGUCGAGCUGCAAUGGUGGGGUUUUUCAUGGCGUAUAUUAUAGAUGCUUUGACAGGGCUUGAUGUUGUUGGACAGAGUGGUAAUUUCAUAUGCAAAGCAGGGCUGUUUGUGACUGUCACUGGUAUAAUUCUGUUUAAGAAAACCCAAGAUUUUGAUAACCUUAAAAAGCUAGCAGAUGAAGCUACUUUGUAUUAUAAACAAUGGCAAUCUUCAUGGCAGGAUCAAGAUUCAGGUACUGGCCGCUCAAACCAAACAGGACACAAAAUUUAGUUGAUCUUCCAUGUAUUAUGAUGCGGUGAAUUGGGCUGAC